AUGGGUUCUAUGCCUGAAGUCCAGCCCGCUCCCAAGAUCGACCUUGCCGGUCUUGUCCCUGCACCAGUUACUCCAUUCAACCGCGAUGGGUCGGUUGAUUAUGCUGCAAUCCAACGUCUUGGUUCAUGGCUCGGCAGCAUUCCUGGUGUUAAGGGGCUAGUAGUCCUUGGCCAUGCUGGCGAGGGUACUUUCCUUACCCAAGAGGAGCAAGUCGAUGUUAUCAAGGCCUUCGUCAAGUCCGUUGACAAUAAGAUUCCCAUUAUCGCUGGUAUCACCACAGAAGGUACCGAAGUUGCUGCGUUGGAAGCCCAGCGUGCCAAGGCCGCUGGUGCGCAGGCAGGACUUCUGUACCCAUCCCAUGGUUGGUUACGGUUCGGAUACCAACCUGGAGGUAUAUUUACCACGUCUUCGGAAUGCUGUACAAUUGUGCUAACAACUACCGUAGCGCCCCAGGACAGGUACAAGACAGUGUACGAGAAGUCGGGUCUUCCUCUUAUCCUCUUUCAAUAUCCCGACAACACCAAGGCGACCUACAACCUUGAAACGCUUCUAGAGAUUGCGGCGCAGCCAGGUGUCAUCGCUAUGAAGAAUGGUGUACGCAACAUGCGCCGAUGGGACGUCGAGAUCCCGAUCAUAAAGCGACAGAACCCAGAUCUCACUAUCUUGACUUGCCACGACGAGUAUCUUCUCCACACUUGCUUCGAUGUCGACGGUAUGCUUGUCGGGUAUGGCAGCAUUGCACCUGAGCCGCUCCUUGAGAUGAUCGAGGCCGGCAAGGCGCGCGACUACCCACGCGCACGAGCAGUCCACGACAGACUUCUACCAGUAACGAGGAACGUUUACCACCGCGGAUCACACAUGGAGGGUACCGUUGCGCUCAAGCACGGUCUGGUCGCUCGUGGCAUCCUGGAGCAUGCCACCGUAAGAAGUGGAUUAUUGCCGUUGCAAGAUGGUGCUGAGCAAGAAAUUCACGCCGCCUUUAAGUCUGCGUCAUUAGGAAAAGUCGUUGCACCCAAGUCAGGUUGA